CAUUAGAGCUCACCCUUUGCAAUGGCAGGAGCAGCCCCACAAAGCCGCGACAGCACCGGCGUUUGGCUGGACCUCUUUGUCCGUCCUCUUAACACUUUGUGAACAGACCCAGUAUUGAUGAUGGAUAACCUUCGUAUCAGGGACUGACCGGCACGCCUGUUGUGAGCUGUAAGAGGAGAGCAGUUUAGUACCUUUUGGUGGUGAACCAGCAUCACUCCAUCAUGACCAAAGAUGAGGAGAUACCGGACUGGGUCGGAGCUCAGGAGUUCUACGGCAAGUAUGAGCCCAAGGAGAUUCUGGGAAGGGGAGUGAGCAGUGUGGUGCGUCGCUGCAUCGACAAACACUCGUCUCAGGAGUAUGCGGUGAAGAUCAUCGACAUCACCCCCUCAGACAAGAUGACUCCGCAGGAGAUCGAGGAGCUCAGAGAGGCAACAGUGAAGGAGAUUGACAUCCUCAAGAAAGUCUAUGGACGUGACAACAUCAUACAGCUCAAAGACUGCUUUGAGUCCAAAGCCUUCUUCUUCUUGGUUUUUGACCUGAUGAAGAGGGGUGAACUUUUUGACUACCUCACAGAGAAAGUUACUCUGAGUGAGAAGGAAACCAGGAAUAUCAUGCGUUCUCUGCUGGAGGUGGUCCAGUUUCUCCACAGCCAGAACAUCGUCCACCGGGACCUGAAGCCUGAGAACAUCCUUUUAGACGACGACAUGAACAUCAAACUCACUGACUUUGGCUUCUCUGUGCAAAUACAGCCGGAAGAGAAGCUCAAAGAGGUGUGUGGGACCCCUGGUUACCUGGCUCCUGAGAUCAUCGAGUGCUCCAUGGAUGCAGGACACGCAGGAUAUGGGACUGCUGUGGACAUAUGGAGUUCAGGGGUGAUCAUGUUCACUCUGCUCGCAGGUUCUCCACCCUUCUGGCACAGGAAACAGAUGAUGAUGCUGCGUAUGAUCUUGGCUGGCAGCUACGACUUUGCGUCUCCAGAAUGGGAGGACCGCUCAGACACUGUUAAAGAUUUGAUCUCUCGGAUGCUGGUGGUGGACCCAAAGCAGCGUUUCACCGCCACAGAUGCUCUCAACCACUCGUUCUUCUCACAGUAUGUGGUGGAUGAAGUACGGCAGUUCAGUCCAUACAGGCGGUUCAAGGUCAUUUGCAUGACUGUGCUCGCCACCAUGAGGAUCUACUGCAACUACCGCCGUGCCAAGCCUGUCACCAAGGAUGUGAUCCAGAGCGACCCAUACGCUGUCAAGCCCAUCCGCAAGCUCAUUGACGCCUGUGCGUUCAAGAUCUACGGCCACUGGGUCAAGAAGGGCCAAACUCAGAACAGAGCAGCACUUUUCGAGAACACUCCCAAAGCCAUCCUGCUGUCGAUAGGGGGAGAGGCAGAUGAGCCGGCCCACCACAUCUGGUAACAAGCACUUGUUCCUCAGGGCAGAUCUGCUGAGGCUUAUCGGGGAUACACUUGUACUCUGUGUGGCUUUUUGUACCUUUCCCCAUCGUAUGAAAGAAACGAACUGGUAAAAAGUAACCGACUACUACCAGACAAGGUUCACAAGUAUGUCUUUAAUGGGUGCAGCAUUCUCUAAUGAAAAGCAGUAUUUAUUACCACAGUGCUAUUGUGCCAAGUGUGGCAACCAAGACAUGUGGAACACUACCAGUGAGAAGAUGUGUCACUGUUCAACAGUUUGCUUGCUGUCGUAAAGGUAGAAAAAAAUGAAUGUAAAAUAACAGAUUUGCUCGUAAAAAAAAAAA